AUGAUCACUGAUAUAAAAUAAAUUAAAUUUUAAUUGCAGAUUGGUGCCACGAGGGCCUACUUUUGCUAACUCCGCAACAUUCUGAUAGAAAAAAAUUAAAGUUAGGGGGAUCUUAGGUUUGUCCAAUUUAUUUUUUCAAAAAAAAUAAUAAAAAUACUCCAAUUUAUUACGGUCAGAAGUCCUCCACUAGUCCAUGGUAAAGUCCUCCGUGCAUGUUCUCGCCCCAGGGGCAGACGGGUUAACCCGCACAACCGGCAAACCGCUCCGCAAUUUCAGCUGCAUUUACAUCCUUCCUCGUACGUAUUCUGGGACUCCUCUCCCUUCUCUAUCCCCACACAUAAACCCAUUUUGACCGAGGGCUAGGGAGGUCCUCGCCGCCGCCGCCACAUUCAAAAUGCAAGAAUCCCAUCAUUUCGGCGGCGCCUAUAAUAACAACUACAGGCCGCCGCCGAACCGCUCUUCCUAUGCGCCGACCGGAAAUGUCGCCUUCCGCUUCCUCUGCCAUUCAUCCCGGGUCGGCGGCGUCAUUGGCAAGUCCGGCGUCAUCGUCAAGCAGCUUCAGCAGGAAACCUCUGCCCGGAUUCGAGUAGAGGACCCCGGCUGCAACUCUGAGAACCGGGUCAUUGUCGUCAUAGCUUCCGCAGCGGUGAACAGAAAAAUCAAGUUUUCCGCCCCCAUAGACGACGGCGAAGACAACGCCGGAAUUGAAGCGGAGUUUGAAGCCUCGGCUGCGCAGGAAGCCGUGGUUAGGGUUUUCGAGAGAGUGCUUGAAGUAACUGCAGAGACCGGAGGGAUGGUACUGGGAAAUGGAACUUUGGUUUCAUGUAGGCUUAUUGCAAAGGGAAAUCAGGUAGGGUCUGUGAUUGGGAAAGGUGGAACAAUUGUCGAUGCGAUCAGGAAGGAGACAGGGUGCAGAAUUAAGGUCUUAACAAUGGAAAAUCUCCCAUCUUGCACUUAUCCUGGUGACAAAGUGGUGGAAAUUGAAGGUGAAAUUCUGGGUGUUAAGAAAGCACUCAUUGCUGUGACUGGCAGGUUUCAAGAAUGUAUGCCACCUGAGAGAACAACAUUUGGUGACAACAAAGUUCCUGAUGUUUCUCAAGAAUCAUUGCAAGUUAAUUCAACUGAACAAAACAGCUCAAUUCCAGUAAAUAUCUCACCUCGCACAGGUGGUAAUUUUUUCUCACCUAGAUCCGAUAGUUCUUCGAAUCUUGUGUCAAAGCAAGAGAUCACUUUUAAGAUUCUCUGUCUCGGCGAUAAGGUGGGGUAUAUAAUUGGAAAGGGAGGAUCCAUUGUCAAGUCUCUUGAAGUUGAAACGGGUGCAACUAUUAGAGUUGGGCCAGUCAUAGGAGGGUGUUUUGAGCGCUUGAUAACCAUUUCAGCUUUUGAGAAUUUAGAAUCACAUCAAUCCCCGGCACGGCAUGGAGUUAUUCUUGUUUUCAACAGACUUGCUGGCAUCGACUCUGAAAAGGUGUCGACUUUUGGCCCAAAAGGGUCAUUUAUUUCAGCCCGGCUUGUAGUGCCAGCGAAUCAAGCUGGCUGCUUGUUGGGAAUAGGAGGUUCAAUAAUUGCAGAAAUGAGAAAGAUGACUGGUGCCCGAAUAAUAAUACAUAAAGGUGACCAAGUUCCAACUUGUGCAUCAGAGAAUGAUGAAGUUGUAGAGAUUACAGGUGAAUUCUCAAAUGUCCAAGAUGCUUUAUGUAGUGUCACUGCUAAGUUGCGCAAUAACCUAUUGCAAGUAAAGUUAACAACUGAGAAUAGUCCCCAUGGCAGAUUGCAGUAUCGUCACUCUGCCGGUGCCACUGAUCAUAUCAACCUGCCUUCUGACUUGACACAAAACAUGGGCAAUCUUGCGAUUUCAAAUAACACGAAUGGUCUGCGCCCCCCAAGUUUUAGGCCACCACAUAUCACCGUAAAUAAGAUAGGCCAUACCAAUUCAGGCAGAGGAUUAACUUCGGCUAACGGGGGGCUUGAUCUUGGCAGAUCUGCCAUUGUGACAAAUACAACCGUGGAGAUGGUAGUUUCUGAAAGUGCCUUUGGGUCUGUUUAUGGGGAGAAUGGCAUCAAUUUGGAACAUCUGAGACAGAUUUCAGGGGCAAAGGUGUUGGUGUGCAGACCGUCUGGGAGUAGCAAUCGUACAAUCGUCAUCUCUGGAACGCCCGAUGAAACUCAAACAGCCCAGAACCUCCUUCAGACCUUCAUAAUGAACGGAUCACUAUGAACGAACCUUUGAUCAUUCGGCACUUGGGUUAGUAGCUUUUAUGGUUGUAGUUUUCGAAUUGGUUAAUAUAGCUAUUUCUUGUAGUAGUUUUUUGAAUCGUUUUAACCAAUUCUUGAAUACAAUUUAGUUGCAAUU